CAAGCGGGAUCGGUGGGACCGUUUGCACACUCGAAAGAAACAGUUGGAAUGAUUGUUCUACCUUUUACCAAACAGUACAUUCUCUGUUGCAGACCAUAUUCUGUACACGUUACUGUUCAUUGCCAGCUACAAGUCCAUCGGUUUUAGUCACGCGGCGAAAUACUUCCCGAACGGUAGUGUAACAGACUUUUACGCCAUGUUCCCACAUUGGAGUUCCGUUAUCGUCGUGCUUUUACCACUGGCAUGGAGUACAGCAGUGCACGGUUUCAGUUGCAAGUUCUGUCAAUCCGCUAACAACUACAGCAGCUGCAUUGCGACCGCCGGUGAGGUAGAGUGCACCGUUGCGCUCGUUAACAUGACGCACCUUUUGCUGCAACCGCACAAUCCCUCCCUAGCAAAGCAAGCAGCACCGUCCGCGAGCCAGUUUCAGUGCUUUCAGGUGAACUACACUACGGCGGGCGUUUGGAACUAUCAUAUGGGCUGUACCUUUGCCGGUAGUAACAUUUGUGCAGGCUGGAAGGUGCUCAGUCAGUGCAAAGUAGCGGGCGGUAGCGAUCGGAGACAGCCCGCGAACGGCAAAGCUUCCGACGGACCGACUUCCAACCGUCCAGCGCCUUUGAUCACUCCAACGCCGACGAGCAAAGGAUCGGGGGGGAGUGGUUCGACAUCGAGUGUUAAAUCGAACUCGUCGACCACAGUAGGUGCUAACAGUUCCACUGUCCUAUCCACCGUUAUGCCUAAACGCACAAGCAACGGUUCGAUCGCACAGAAGGCUGCCUCGAAGGCUGCCGUUUCCUUAUCCCAAGCAGAACUACUGUUAGUAGUCUGGCUUGUGGUUCCACUGUGGAACCAUCGCUAACCCAUCGAACGAGCAAUAAAAGCGACACUAAUUCCUACACGAUUAACUAACACGCCGUAUUGUUUUGC